AUGCUCCUCUCCUCUGCGGCAACUCACGCAUCCGCGCUGCUCCUAUCUUCGCCAGACGCACCGCGCUGCUCCUCACCCGACUCGUGCACUGUCGUUGCUCCUCUUCGCACCCGACACACCUGCACUGCUCCGACGCACCUGCACUUUAAUGCGAACAUAACUGGAGUUCCCCCUCACCCUCGCGCUGUUGUAAAACGAGGGGCUCUAAAAGAGUUCGUAAAAUUAAUGAAAAACGACGCCUGUAGUAAGAAUCAUGUUCCUGUGCACCGUGUUGUCACUAGGAGGUUUGCUGCCCAAGUGGCUGUCAAAGAGCAUCAUCCAUCACUUGAGAAAGUAAAGCCACUGGUGCAAUCAAAUUCGAGCACAAACUGUCCGGAGCACUGUAUUAUUAUAGACUCAAUAGAUGAAGAGGAUCACAAAACCAUGGACGAACAUGACGUGCCCAUGUUCGUGCAGCAUACAGAAGCUAUGCUGGAGGAAAUCGACAGCAUGGAUGUGGAAGUGGAAAUGGAGGAGAUUAAUGGGGAUGGUGAGCCUGUGGUUGAUAUAGAUUGUGUCGAUAGGAAAAACGUGCUUGCGGUCACUGAGUACAUUGAUGACAUACAUGAUAAUUAUGUAAAAGCUGAGGUGCACUACAAAUGCAUUGGCUUUUCUCCUUUUCGGGUUGAUGAUGACGAAGAUUUUCUUUCGUCCGUGUCUGGUGGGCCCGAUUUGGUUGUUCCGGGCUUGGUUGUACCUACUGACAGUAACUCCUCGUGCAAGUCGAGUGACAGUGUUGUCCAGACAGAAGCGAGCAGCAUUGGUGGUUCUAACCGGUGCAAAAUCACCUCGCGACUUCCACCGGCAACACCGAAGGCCACUCACGACCUGCUGCAACUAACCACAGUCGUGCACCAUCACCUCCCUCGCUGCCAGCAACUCCGCGAGACGUCGGCCACCUCCGAACGUGAAGACACCCCCAGCGCCAUCGUUGUUGCGCGCCGUCAUCGCCCCGCCACCGCGCGUCACCCGCGAGCAUGCAGCCCGCCGGGAGCCACCCGUGAUCGAGACCGCAGCCUCUCCUCAACCAUUGCGGCCACCGUGAACUGUCAGGCCCUUCGUCGGCAACCUCCAGCGCCACCACAAAUCGCCACCUUUCACCGACGACUCUCGACUUCCGACGGGGCUGCGACCUUCGCGAGCCCUGAUCAUCAUCCGGUGAUUUUAGCUAUCGGCGACCCAAGCUCUAUUUCCCAGCGGCUGAAUUUUGGUUCCGACGAGCAGCAGGUCCCGUCGGUUCGUCCGUCGCGCCUUAGUUCUCGUCACCCUUCGUCGGUAAUCCCACAGUGGCAAGCGGACAGAGGUGGCCCAUUCCGACGGGUUUCACCGUCGACUUCUUUUUCGAGCAGCAGCAGCCCCGUCGUCCGGCAGCGGGCAGCCGAAGACUCACGAGCAGCAGCGGUCGGCUUCCUUUUCAACGAGCAGGGAUUCUUUUCUGGCUAA